UUCAGCGUCACGUAGUAACCACUGAGCGUGGUGGCUAAUUGACGUUUGACAGGUCGCAAGCUGAUGACGUCAUUGUGAAAGCGUCCCAUUCUCCACCCCACAUGAUAGGCCUGUGAGUGUGUGCGGCGCUCAGCCCAGCCGUGUGUGUGGAUGAGAGGCUCCGGCAUGAGGAGAACCGGAGAGCCGGCCUCACCAUGAUCCGCAGAGCAAGGCUCAGCUUCAAGCCGAACGUCAAGCCCAGCGGCCGUUUAUCAUCGGGACAGGGUGUAAGCAGCGGCCGGGAUGGAGAAGUCGUCCCCGCAGCGGAGCCUGUACCUGAUCCCGGAAGGGAUUCUGGGGAGAGUAUUACGGCGCCUGUCACAGAGGAUCCGGUAGACCCGCAACCACAGGAGGCGAGCAAGGAGGAACCUUUUGAAAAAACUGCUGCUGUCAGCAAUGAAACCCCACCAUGUAAGAUCACUUCGACUCCACUCCAAAGACGGAAGAGAAUUUCUACUUUGCCCAACCUGGCAAAACCAAGGCUUUCAAAUUCUGCCUCCGCUGCCGUCCCACCUCCUAAACCUUCACCAGUGGAUAUUCCUUCAUCGCAGCCUGCCAGUAUUGCCCCAUGUAAGAAUGAAGGGCCAUCACCUGAGAAGGGCAAGGUGUUGAGCCCUCAGAGACCACAAGUGCCUGUUACUCCCUCUCAAGUGCAACAUGUAACUUUACCUGAAAAAAGGACUCCUGUACCCCAAGUUCCCCAGUUUUCUCCAUACAAAAAAUCUGUCCUUAAACACCAAGACGUUAGUCCUGCAAAACCUGUGGAGUGCACCCAGAAGGAGGAGUUUAUUCCUCUAAAAGAAAGGCCAUCCCAGAAAUCAUGCAGCAAUGAACCCUUUGAAUUGGAUAAAAAAAUGACUCAGAAAAAGAUAAUCACCAGUAAUCUGGAAAAGGAGCGAAUCAGACGGGCACAAAAACUGCGAGAUUUGCUUAAAGAACAAUUGCAGAAGGAGCGGAGAUCUUGGAGGGAAAAACAUCCUAUUAUAAACUCAUUGGAGGAGCCAGAAAGAUCAAAGAUGACGAUGAGAGACUUUGUACACUUUAUUCCAAUGAGUAACCCAAUGAGUUCUUCACUUGAAGAAACUAAAAGUUGUGAAAAGUCUUUUGUGGAGCCUCCGGCUACUGGAUUAGGAGAGAAAAACAGCGCUGAGGAAGAUGAACCUGAUGACGAUGUAGAAGAAGAUGAAAGCCAGUUAUUGGCUCCUCGUGUGAAGGUGGCUGAGGAUGGCUCCAUUAUUCUUGAUGAAGAGAGUCUGACUGUGGAAGUGUGCAGAAAUAAAGCACCAAUUGUUGAAGGGAAUGACCCCAUCUUUGAACGAGGUUCCACAACAACGUACGCUAGUUUUCGGAGGAGCAACUACUCCAAGCCAUGGUCUGAUAAAGAAACUGAUAUGUUCUUCUUGGCCAUUAGUAUGGUGGGAACAGACUUUUCAAUGAUUAGCCAACUUUUCCCUCACAGGAAGAGAAUAGAGAUCAAGAACAAAUUUAAAAAGGAAGAACGAAUGAAUGGAUGGAGGAUAGACAAGGCUUUUAGGGAGAAGAAAGACUUUGAUUUUGAGUUUUUUGCUCACCUUCUCGAGAAAGCUCUUGCGGCAGGAAAAAAAACGAAAACCACAAAAAGUAAACAGCCACGUAAAACAAAUACCAAGACACGUAAGAAACAAAAAGACAAAACUGCUGCAGAACAAAGCCUUUGUGAUGAGGAAUCUGUCAUAUCAGAAGAGGAAGGAGCGGAUGCUGGAACAGCUGAGAAGGAAAACAAGAGAUCUCUAGGUGCAGACGAAUCCUCGGGGGUCUCUCAUCCUGUCCCUGUGAAAAAGAAGAGGGUCAGGAGGAAAAAAGAUAACCCAAAAGAGCCAGAAGAGGAAACUCACGAUUCACAGGAUGAUGAGUUUACACAGAAACCAAAAAAGAAGUCUAGGAAAGGUAAGACCGCUGGAGUGGAUGUAGACAUCCAACCUGAUCCUCAGUCAGGAGACUGUGAUGGAAGCCUUAAGGAGACCCCAGCUGAACGAAAGAAAAGAGUACAGAAAAAGAAACCAAAUUACAAAGAACCUGAACUGGAAGAUAAUGAAAAUGAUGCAGACUUUGACAUAACAGAAGAUGUUGAGAUUGAUGAUGAUGACCUUGUGUCUUGUAAACCUGGGGAAGCUGAUCUCUCCUGUCAAUCAGUUGCUCCAACAUGUGAAGAAGAAAGCUCAUUAGUACUCUUUACUGAAGAGAGCGACUACCAGUCAGGACUUGAUGAUCUCUCUGGGAUGUAUCAGAGCGUAAGUGAGGUCAAUGAAGCUAUAUCGCAAGCCUCAGACAUGUCCCUGGUUGCCCCAAACAUCUUGCCUGAUGAAACUGAGCCUGUGAAUGUCACCCAAGAUGAAACGAGCCCUUUCUCUUUUGAUAAGUUUGAUUCUUUAGAUGGUGCAUUAGAUGCAGGACAUGGGCAGCUUGGUGAACAGGAUUUGGAACCUGAGAAGGCAGAGGCUUCCUCUACACCCCACAGUACGCAAAAUGAGUCCUCUAUAAAGCCUACACUACCAGAGAAAGGGAGAUUACAGAGGCCUAAGCCUAACUUGCCAGCCAGAACCUCAACCAGAAGAGAAAAACUUGAUGUUACCGAUUCUGAAGACAUCCCCAUGGAAGGAACUGAGAAAUGUGCUGAUCUCUCCGAUGUCAAUACACAGAAAACUAAAGACGAUUCUGGAAAUCCUAACAGAGGAGAUAUUGAUGUUCCAGUGAAUGAUAAACAAAAAGAAGACAAUUUCAGUGUUGAAGUUUCUUCGCCUGUUGAGAGAGAUGCUGGUUCUGAGUCUGACCUGUCACAAACAGAGGGAUCAAACACUGUAUUGGAAGACACCAGGACAGAAUCAUCGUCUGGUUCUAAAGAUGAAUGUGGAAAAUCGACCUUAAAACCUGCAGCUUUAGCGAGAGGCCAUUUUCAGAGGCCAAAACUGAAUCUGAUAAAGCCAUCCUCUAGGAAAGAAGCAUCUGAUGAUUGUGCUGGACAUGCUGAGGGAGACAUUGGCCGAGGUUUGCCGAGUGACAGCCUUAACGAAAAAGAAGAAAAGGAAGUGCUGGUGAAUACUGGGUCUGAAGCUUCUCAAGAUUCUUGCAAGUCGGACAACAACUUGAAUCCCUCAUCCUUAUUGCCGUUGAAGCAAGACAGCGCUAGGAAUCAAGAUAAUGUGACUGAAGCUUGCAUUAUAUCUGACACACAAAGCAUUGAAUCUCCCAUUAAACCUGCUCCUCUGGCUCGAGCAAAGCAAAAUCUAGUCAGAUCAAAGUGCAAAGGAGAAUCUGCAGCUGCUUCUCUUAUUGCUGAGAACAGAGCGGAGGGUGAUUUACAUUCAUCUUGUGCAGGAAAUUCUACAGAACUCUCCAAAGAGGCUCCAUCAGUAGAACAACAUUGCUCAGAGAGACCAGACUCCAAGAUGACUCUGAAAGUAGACAAUAAGAAUUUGAAAGAACCCUGUAUGCCAUCUGCAGUAUCACCUAAAGGCCGAUUUCAAAAGCCAAUUCUAGGUCGAGCAGCUGCCAAGAGAGAUGCAUCUAAAGACGAGCCCUGUGUGGAGAGCGCUUUGGAAUCCAAGGACACCACCUUAAAUAUACCAGUAAAUGAAUUUGAAACAGCCCUGCCCCCUGAAAAAACUCAUGAAGGACGUUCUGUUGUUGAAGAGGAUUCUAAUACUAUAGAAAAACUUGACAGCGAAGCCUCUCAUGUGCUCUCUUUAGAGUCUACAUGCACAAUGACUGAUAAAAUGCAGACUGGAUCUGCUGAGGAAGGAAAGACAUUGAAACCAGAUUUAAGAACAGGCGGGCUUCAAAGGCCAACACUAAAUAUUAGCAGAUCUACCACGAUAUCAGUUGAGGCUGCUCCACUUGUGUCUACUGUGGAGAAAGAAGAGAAGAGAGCUGGUUCAACAUCCACUGACAAUAGUGAUCCCAAUAUUUCACUGGAUGUUGGAGUGUUAUCUGAUGGAGAUGCAGAGAUUAAAUCACCUACAGUAAAAAAUCCAUGUGACAAAGAUUUUGUUGAAGCACUUAAGCCAGUAUCCAAAAGUGAUGCAGAACAAAGUCAAUCAGUGUCUUUAAAAUCUGCCCGUACCAGAUUUCCAAAACCUAAUCCAAACCUUGGCCGAGCAACUCUGAGAAAGGAGACCUCAACUGUAGAGUCUAAAAUUUUAGUUCCAGAGAAGGGAGAAGAGACAUUGAAUGCCAUUGAAAAGAAUCCAGAGAACAAUGUGGACAUGCCUGAUGCAACAAUUGCUGGUCACAGUGGUAAAGAAGCUGGACACAUCAUUGAAGAAAAAUCAGCAGCUAUCAAGCCAGCCGCUCUGAAACGUCGCAGACUUAUCAGGCCCAUUCUGAACCUUGGAAAAUCAUCUGCUAAGACCUUAAGCCCAAUACAGACCAAGACAAAUGAAGACCUAAACAGUUCUCCUUCACUUAAAGAUAAAGUUCCUGUGGUGGCCAACUCUUCACCAGCUAAUAUCAAAAGAAAAGCCUCAGGUUGUUAUGUUGACUCAUCCCCCAAGAGAAUCUGCCUCUCCAGCACACCUCAGAAACCUCCAUGUUCGUCAGACUCCGAAGUGGACCAGGUUGCCUUGACCAGUGACCCUCAAAGCAGCUGCCAGUCUGGCAGUGAGCAGGGCGCCGCUUCUCCUCAGUGCUCAAGAUUUGGAAGGCCUCUAAGAAAACUGACCUCACCACCACCGGUGUCCUCCAAAUCUGAUAAUUUGUCUGAUCGUCCGGAGAAAGAAAAAGCUACCCACAAUGUUAAAUCUAGCACAACCAAAGCGUCCAAACCGGGGUCCAGCAAGAGCAAAGGGAAGGCAACCCUGGUGAAGAUCAGGGCUAGACAGCAGGAAGAGGAUGAGGAGGAAGAUGCAGACCUGGGCUUUGAAGAAGAGAAUUAUGACCUUACACCUGAAAUGCAGAACCAGGCUCCAGUGUUUGUUCCCUUCAGUCUUCGGUCACCUAGGCCAGUUACUGCUGAGAUUGAAGAGACCGGGGAAGAGCUUGAAAUACCAGUGGAAUUGCCGAAUAACACAAACCAGGAUUUGGAAAGAACUAGUCUUGAUCAGGUUGUGGAUUCUGAAGCUCGGCAAGAUAAGAAAGAACAAUGUGAUGGAAGUGCCGAGGCAGCAAUGACCUUGAUAUCAAUGGGCAGUUCUGUGUACAAGACUAAUAUAGGGGAAUUUUUGAGCCCUGAUCAAUAUACAGAAGCUCACAGGUCCAGACCUGGAAGACAGCACAACCAAGAACAGCUUCCAAGUUUACAUCUGCUGUCCUCCCCAUCAGUGAAUGUAUCAAGCCCUCACCAUGAUAUGUGUGCUAUGGAAAGUAGCUUUACAGUAGAUUCAAGAGUGGUGGAAGAUCCUUAUUGUGCUGCCACUUUACAGAGCAAGACCCAGACAAAUGGCAUCAGUUCAGACUAUGAUUUAGCUGAGAAUUUACCGAAUGUGAUAAAUGACAGUUUAACAUUUCCAGUAGAGCAGAUAAGUUAUCCUGUCAUUCAAGGGAAUGCUCUGCAGCAAGAUAUUAGUUCUCAAGACACCAGUGUAUCAGGUUGCUUCCUAGGAGAACAUGACACUGGAGAGGAAGCUACAUUUAUUUUGACCCUAGUGGAGAUUCCCAUUAAUGAUGACUAUGCCUAUUCUUGUGACUCCAACGUAGCAGAAAGUCUUCCUGCCCCAGUGUUGAUCAGCUCUGGCUCCUCUCAAGCGCUAACACAAAAUCUUAAUUCCAGUGUGGAAACUGUAAUAAGUGAGCCUUGUGUAGUUGGCCAGGAUGACAAUGAUCUGAUGUUAGGCCAGAUGUCAAAGAGAAGUGCUCAGUGCGUCGAUGAAGUAGAUCACACUCCUCCACAGAAGAAACCACUUGUUUCCGAGCAGGUAGUUAAUCUGGAAAUCAAAGCUACAGCUCUUGCCACAGAUGGAAAAGCUACACCUGAAGUUUCACUAACUGAGCACAAGCCUAAAGAACCAGCUGGAGGGUCUCAGGUCACUGCCCCAGCUGUAAGAGAAAGACCCCCUAACUGGGCAACUGCAAAAGAUAGCACUACUGUGCCUGUGGAGAUGCCUGGAAUGUCAAUGACCAAACCAUCAAACCGAAACCUGCCUUUAGUAUAUGCAAAUCCAGUAACAACAUCUAAAACUACCUUAAAAAGGCCUGGAAAAAAACCAUUGGGAUUUUUAUCUUUGGUUUGCAAAGAUAAGAAAUCAAAUGAAGAAACUCUGAAGAACAAUCUACCAAAGCCCAAAUGUAGAAAGAUUACCCCUACCGUCCAUGCCCGACAGAAAAAAGGUCCAAAUCUGAGCCUAGAAAAUGCCACUGAAAGUGAAGUGCCUUCAUCAUCACCAGUGUUGUCACCUAGUGAAGAGGCCCUGCCCUCCACAUCUAGGAUCUCUGAACUACAAGCAACGCCAAAAUCCCCAGAACUUGCUACUGAAGAGGAGGCCGCUCCAGUGUCACAAUAUUUUUUUAGUGACAUUUUCAUGGAGGUGGAUGAUUGAUGGACUUUGUACCACUAAGCUGUUCACAUCUGACUGUCAUGUACAGUAUGUGACUGGUACAGCAGGAAAAAAGCAUGUCCUGUGUAGAUCACUCACUGUAUACAGCCUUUUGUUUAAUGUAAAUCCGUUGUGUACAGUCCUGAUUAAAUAUAUUUAUUUAUUGUUAAUUUAUUGGCUCAUUUUGAGCUGUAGGCUGCUACAGGUUGCUGUGCGAUGCAUUACGGCAGUGUUUCCCAACCACUGUGCCUCCAGCUGUUGCACAACUACAACUCCCAGCAUGUCCGGACAGCCAAAGGCUGUCCGGCCAUGCUGGGAGUUGUAGUUUUGCAAUAGCUAAAGGCACACUGGUUUAGAAAAAAAAAAACUGCAUUUACAGGAUGCUAUCUUCAGGUACAAAUACGUGGACUAGCUCAUCUGAAUUAUAGCAUUGACGUGAAUUAGUAUUUCUAGUAUAAGUAUUUAGGGAUGGCUCUUCUACAGGUUCAUCAAGGGAAAAAAAAUUAAUGUUUCUCGUAUUUAUUUUCCAUUAAUUCAUUUAUAUAUUGAUUUAGUACUAUAAAAAUAAAGAUUACUUUUUUUGACUGAGCGGGAAGGCACUUGAGGGUGGGUUUCCAGAGAAUAAGUUUAUUCUUUGUAAAUUGAGAUUUAAAAAAAAAAAUUAUCUUGGCCAUGUGCUGGAUACGUGUAUGUUACAAGAGACAGCUGUCCGUGACCCUGCAUGUCUAUCAAAUGACCAGGACCGAUUAUAAUCCACUGGAAAUUAAUGAAGAUUCCUAACAACUUACUGCAAGCUGAAAUCUUAAAACUUUGAAUUGCACAUUGCAAUCCUGAAAAAUGUUGUAAAAUUAUAUAUUCUAAAAUGAUUAAAGGGGUACUCUGGCGACUAACAUCUUAUCCCCUAUCGUGACGUUAUGCCCCACCCCCUCAAUGCAAGUCAAUGGGAGGGGGCGUGAAGGCCGCCACGCCCCAUCCCAUCGACUUGCAUUGAGGGGGCAGGGCGUCACAAGGGGCAGAGCCGUUACUCCUUCCCCUGCACCGGCCGUCAUCAGCCACAGAGCAAUCCUCACUCUGUGCAGCUGAGAAACGGGGGUGCUGCAGGAGAGAUCGCGGGGGUCCCCAGCUUAGAUUGCUUAGAGUCCACCUACAGCAGACCAGGAAUAGAGAUGAGCCAUUUGUUUGGUCUGUUGAUUUGGCAAAGCUAUUUGCUUAUCUGUAGAUGAAUGCUACAAUAUUAACUUGUGUUACAGGACUACUACUUUAUUUUUAGGGCUAGGGACAUUUAACAAAUCUGGAUUAAUUUCUCAUAUAACUGGAUUAUGAUCCCAAGGGUCAUAUUGACUUUUAUCAGUGUCUACACACUUUUUACAUACUUAAGCCAACUAUUUAAGACCUCAAAAAUAAUACAAGUUACAGGGUCUUUGAGGCAAGCUCUAUAAGAACAGUCCUCUUUAAGGGAACCUGUCAUUGGUAUCACCCACACUAACCUGUUGUAAAGGCUUGUAGUGUAGGUGACACUGAUGACAAUAAUACUUACCGAUCCUUCCUCCAUUCCGCCGCAAUCCUGGUUCCUCGGUACAUGCAAAGGACCUGCUAAGUGCAUGAGGUUUGUUUCUAAGUGAAGUCUGGCUGGCAUCUUGCUAUUAACACCUACUCUAGGAUUGCAGUGGAACGGAAGCAUGGAGCUGGGACUGGUGAGUAUCAUUGUCAUCGGUUUCACCCGCAUUACAAGUCUGUACAACAGACCUCAUAAAGACAUGUCAGACCUGAUGACCUGGAAUUAAAACCAUGCCCGCACUGAUAACUAUUAGCUGCAGGACGUCAUCACAACAUCCUGCAGCUAUUGGUCAUUGUGUGCUGGCAUGGUUGUGCCCGCAAGUGAUGAUUGCGACUGGCAUCCGCCCCCACUUGUAUCGGAAAAUACUUUUAAAAGGUACAUAAGGCAGAAGUAAGUGCUGGGGAGCUGAACAGGAAAGGCCUUUUCAUCUCCCUGGACAACCACUUGAAGGGGUUAUCCAGCAAAAACUGGAUAAGUGUGUGUCUUCUACUAGUAGACUGCACAUGCUCCAUUCAUUUCUACAUGGGAGUGCCGAAAAGACGAGUACAGCAACUGGGCAACUCCCAUAGAAAUGAAUGGAGUGUUUGCCGUCUACGAUAGGCGACACACGCGCCUCAGUGAGACAGCUGGGGGCCCGUCACGGAGAUGGAGGGGGUCCCAGCGGUCAGAUGCCCCACGAUCAGCUACUUAUCCCCUAUCCUGUAUAUGGUGGAUAAGUAAAUUUUUGUUGGAGUUCUCCUUUAAAAUAUGUACUAUAGCACAACACAGAGCUGUAAGAAAAGAUGUUUCUGAAUUGAUGUUUCAUUGGAAAUACUUGUAUUUACUAAAACAGACAGGUCAGGAAAAGCCAUAGAUGCACCCAACAUGAACAUUUACUUGUAUACUGUAUUUGCUUCAUAAAUAGCUCGAUUCCAUAGAUGAAAUGGACUGGAUUUGGUUUGUAUUUCUGAAUAGCGUAUCGUUUGAAAUUUCUUCUUGAAUUUUUUUUCUUUUUAUCUUGCCCCAUCUGUACUAAAAUUUUAUUUUGUGUCUCAUAUUUUAUUUGAAAAUCUGUAACUAUGUAUAAAAUGUACAAUAUGUAAAAAAAAUAAAUUUAAAUAACGUUUU